UCAGACUCAGACUGUCUCAGAGUCAGAGGAGAGCCACUCUGCUCUUGACAGCGGCGGAAUCAGGUUUAAUGGUCAGACGGACGUUGGGACCAGUGACGCUCUCUCGGUGAAGUUGCGACGUUCAGGGGAAGUCAUCAAAUUGAAACUGGAAUCUUCUGUUUUGAAAUCCUUCGUUGGUAUUCAUCAUCAUGCCGGCAACAAGACAUAUAUGUCAUUGUCCAGAGACAUCAUACGGCAUGCUUCCUUUGAUUAUCUAUCAAGAAGCUGCAAACGGAAACAGUGAAAAGGUGCUGCAAUGGUUAAAUGAAGGGGGUAACAUCAAUGCCACUGACAUGAAUUACAGAACUCUGGUUCACAUUGCCUGUGAAGGGAAUUACGUUCACUUCUUGAAGGAGCUGCUGAAGUUCCCAGAUGUCCACCUGAAUCAGGGAACUACACUUUCAAGAAACCUCCAUGGAAAAGGAAAUACACCUCUCUCUCUGGCUGUGACCAAAAAUCAUGUGGAAUGUGUAGAAGCGCUGAUUUCUUCUCCAUCAAAGUGCAAAAUUGAUUUGAUCAACAAAACACUAUCUACAGGACAUGCUAUCGGUGUUGCUCUCGGUCGCAAUAAUUGGAAGAUGAUUGAAAUUCUGCUCAAAGCAGGACUAGCUUUGAGCAUGGACGAAGCAACGGCUAUCUUUGAAGCUGCAGCCAAAUCCUGUGAAGAAGAUGUUGUCAAGAUAAUUAUUGAUCGAGCAUUCCCUCUUCAUUCAGGCGUAAUCAAUAACAUCGUUUUCACAAUAUUGUACAAUAAUGAUUUGUGGAAUUAUGUUGGAGCAGAGAAAGUUUUCAAGCAAUGCUUUAAAAAUAAUAAUUACUAUUGCUUUAGAGUACUGAAGGUUGCAAUGGAAAAGAGAGACUUUUGCAUGGUGGAAAAUACACUGAAACUGUUGAUUCCUAAUGUUGAAAUCAACAUCAACAUUGCAAAAGCAGUCCUUGGAAAGGGAAUGAUUGAGGUUGAAGAAUCACUGACUCAGGGCAAGCUUGAAGAAGGGGUGAUAUAUGGGGCUCUGUUUACAGCUGCCAUUGUUGGAACCACGGAUGACAUAGCGGAGAAGCUAUUUAGUUUAAAAGAAAGUUACCCAGAGGACUUUCUCAAAUAUGCCCUGUUGCUAGCAGCUCUAUUUAAUCGGGCUGAGCUCCUCCCCCUCUUGCUGAAAGAUGACUCAUUCAGCUUUUCGACUCUGUCUCAUGCUUUGCGCCUCUCUGAAUUCAGCAAAGGUGUUGGGACAUCACUAAUUAAACGGGCUUUGGAGAGAAUAUCAAGGAAAACUAUUCCUCUCACCAAAGAUGAUACCGAAUGAGAGGAAUUACUGCAUACUUGGCACAGAAGGCAGAUGGAAGAUGAGCAGAAAGAAAUGUUCGUUUGAUGAAUCAAACUAACUUUUGAGAUUUUAAUUCAUGCCUAACAGAAUUCAUAUUUCUACUGAACAGAUGUUAAUUAAGGUACAUGGUACAGAAUGACUUAUUCACAUUGACAAUUUAUCCUAUAAAAUUUUUUGAUUGUGUAAAAUUCUUUAAUUGUAUAAAAUUCUUUAAUAGAAACUAAUAAAUCGUAUACGAUCUGCACUGGCAGUUAAACCAAUGUUAGCAUUAAGACCAGCUUCAGGUAACAUGAAUCGGAAAGUACUCGUGUCACUCAAAUGCUUUUAUCUGACUCAGUUGACGUCUUUUACGGCAGUUGUACUAGCUGAUAUUCACUAGGGUAUAUUGAUAGCCAGAGCUUAUAAUUCAUUUGGUGUGUAUGUGUGUUCGUAGACUUAAUUUGUUUUUAUAUAUUUCUCCGUAUCUGAAAACUUAAUAUUGUUGUUGAGCAAUACAAGAAUUAGAUAGAAAGUAAUCUGUGUAAUUUUAUAUACUUUGUUAUGAGUUUGGGAUUGGAUGUGUGUUGUUAUGUUCAUUUAUAUUUAAGGGUCGAUAAAAAGUAUGUAAACUUAACGGCCACCACUGCUGUGUUUUUCCAGGACUGGAGUAGCUCUCAUAAGAAGGAUAUCUCCCCAGAUUGCUUUUCUCCCUUCUUGGCUCUUUAGUUCUAGAAGGUUGCUGUUCUCUGCAUUUAUUUGCAUUCUGCUCUAAUAAACUAUUAAACUGUA